CCACAAACACCGAUUUCCUUCACUCUUUGGGUGUGUGGCUGCUGCAAACAUUCAUCAUUGGCUGCUCUCUGCAGUGAAACAACCGGAUGACAUGGGGGAAGAAGAUGAGGAAAGAGACAGAUGACUAGAAAGAAGGCAACUAUUCUAAAGAGGGGAAGAUGGAAUGAAGCGAAAGAAACACAGGAAUUCCAUUAGAAAGAACACGAGAAAGGGCAACGUGGCACGCAGAGGCGACAGUCUAUACCCUCACACUAAGUGGCACCGCUCUACACAUGACUACGCACUCAUCAUUUAUAUAGAGAGCGGGAGGGCGCAAACAGGUAGGGGGAGCCCGGCUGUACCACUAUCAGGCUGGAAAAAUCAAUACACCAACCCUCCUGUCACCUCGCUACCUGUCACUUUACACUAAGCGCCCGACAGGUGGGCGUGCCGAAUAACCCACUGAGAGUCUGAACGAAUCCCGCCCCUCUAGGAUGGGUCACUGUUUGUCUCCGCCCAGUUCCUGGUUUGGGUCCCAAUUUGACCCAAAGAGUUGUCAGCAAACAUGAAUGGAGAAUGUCCGGAAUCCGGCGCCCCCCAAUCCGUCAGCCCGAACACUGGCCAAGCCGGCUGUGACAUGACCUGCAAGGUCAUGCUCCUGGGAGACUCUGGUGUGGGAAAAACCUGCUUCCUUAUCCAGUUCAGAGAUGGGGCAUUUCUUUCAGGAGCCUUUCUGGCCACAGUUGGCAUUGACUUUAGGUAUAAGAUUGUUACUGUGGAUGGACUAAAAGUGAAAUUACAGAUCUGGGAUACAGCCGGUCAGGAGAGAUUCCGUAGUGUGACACAUGCUUACUACAGGGAUGCGCAGGCCCUGCUCUUGCUUUAUGAUAUCACAAGCAAAACAUCAUUUGACAACAUUCGGGCCUGGCUCACGGAUAUUUCCGAAUAUGCACAAAAGGAUGUGGUCAUCAUUCUGCUUGGCAACAAGAGUGAUGUGGAUGCAGCACGGGUCAUAAGGACUGAGGAUGGGGAGUCUCUGGCAAAGGAAUACGGAGUGCCCUUCAUGGAGACGAGUGCCAAGAGUGGAGCCAAUGUAGAGCUGGCAUUUUUAGCUGUGGCAAAGGAGCUAAAGGAGAGGGCUUCAGUAAAGGAGGAACGCUCCUUUCAGAUCCAUAAUUACAUUGAUUCCAAGAAGAAGAAGGACAAUUGCUGUGCCAACUGAUUUGGUAGGGGGUAGUCUAUAAAACAGCACCCCUUGCCACUACUGGCACUUUAAGAUCUGGAACAAAGGAGCCACCCCCCAUAACAUGCUAAUCGCACCCCAUUAUAAGAAUGCACUCAACUCCCACAGGCUCUGCCAAACUCAGGAAUAAAAAGGGAACCCAAUAAUCAGGAGGAAGAGACACACGUCAUUCCCCACACGAUAAGAAACAUUCCAGAACCAUGAAGCAUGCUGAUACCCUAAGCAAACACGUGUGUCCGUCUUUGGGUAUACGUCCAAGUACAGAGAAGCUCUUUGCACUUUAUUGAAGAAAAUAUGUGCCAAAAAGACUUUUAGCACCCUGGUCUGUGCUGUUCUCAUUACAAACAGCAGCAUUUGUGUCAGUGCCAUGUUACCCUUUACCCCUUUUUUUCUGUGCCAAGUUGCCUGCCAGGCACAUGUUUACAUAUUGUAGUUUAAAGGGGCAGUUCCUGCUGCCCUUGGAUAUGAUUUCAGCAAAUGCUGCUGAGAUAUUGGCAUUGACUUUGGGGAAUCUGGAAACAGGAACGGUCAAGGAACUUUCUUUGUGCUUUUUUUUUUUUUACAACACCAUAAAUAAAUAUGAGAUGCCAUAAAAUGUACAUGCAAAUAUGCUAGGAGUGUUUCUCACACUCACAUGCAGACUUUGUGAGUGAUUGAUAUGUGGUUACUUUUAUAUAAAGUAAUUCUAAUUCUGGUUAA